AUGCAACCUCAAAAACCUCGAGGUCGACAUUUUACUACAGAUGACAAGGUAUUUKCUUUAUCUCUUUAUAAACAAAGUGGUAAAGCAUAUAAGGUACUUUCAAAAAUGUUUGCAUUACUCUCACGGAAAUGUAUUUUGGAUUUGUUAAAGAAGAUUCCAUUUGAAGCCGGUAUAAAUAAACGUAUUUUUGAACAUCUCAAGACAGCUGUACAGAAAAUAAAGCAUAAACUUGAUCGCUAUAGCACAGUGGUUUUUGAUGASAUAUCACUUUCGGCGUCAUUGCAGUAUUUGAAACAAUAUGAUAAAGAGAUUGGGUUUAAAGAUUUUGGUGGACAAAAUCGAUCAUCUGAUUUUGCAGAUAAAGCUUUAGUUUUUAUGGUCAGAGGGUCACGUAAAAAGUUUAAGCAGCCAGUUGCAUUCUAUUUAACUAAUGGUAACAUGGACAGUACACAUUUGUCAAUUAUUAUCAAAGAAGUUAUUAAAGCUGUUCAAUUGACAGGACUUACAGUGGUAUCUACUGUUUGUGAUCAAGCUCCUACAAAUGUUGCAGCAAUCAACCGAUUACUCAAAGAAACAAAUGAGAAGUAUGUAACAAAAGGUAAACAAAGUAGAAGAUUUGGUUUUGAAAUAAGAACUCAAGACAUUAUACCUCUCUAUGAUGUACCUCAUUUGUUGAAAGGUCUGAGAAAUAAUUUAGUUUCAAAAGAUCUCCAUUUCACAUAUGACGAUAAAAAAAUGAUUGUAUCAAGGAAACAUCUCAUUCAGUUUUAUGAAAUGGACAAAAACCAAAGUACUGGAGGGGAUCGCCUAACUCCUAAGCUUACAGAUAACCAUAUAUAUCCUAAAAAAAUGAAAGUUGCAUGUGCCGCUCAUGUGUUUAGCCAAAGAGUUGGUGCCAUUAUGAAAAGGUUGCCUUUUAUGUUAAAUACAUYAAACGAWGAGUGUCCAGAAAAUAAAAUAGUUCAAUCUUCURUAGAAGAUACUGGAUUCUUGUGUUUAUUUAUUGAUAACUUAUUUGAUAGUGUCAAUGGUAAUACAAUUAAACCAGUUGCUGGAAAAGAAUUGCGAAGUGCGGUUUCUUUCAAUUCUGCCCACUGGGACUUCUGGCGCAAAGCUUUAAUUGUUUUACAAAGUACUAUGCAGUAUGAGACAAAAACCAAAAUAUUAAUUCCUUCUGUUGUAAACUGGAUUAAAACUAUUAAAGGAUUACAAGCACUUUACACAAARCUUCUUAAUGAUGGGUUUAAAUACAUACUCUUGAGAAAUUUUAACCAGGAUCCAAUUGAAAACUUUUUUGGUUCGAUACGGAGCCAUGGUAUACAUAAUAUUAAACCAACGUGUGCCAACUUUAUUUCAUCAUUCAAGGCACUACUUAUUAAUAAUUUUACUUCAAGUCACUCAUUUGAGUCCAACUGUGAAAAUGACGACUGUGAUGAGACAACUAGAUAA